AAUAAUGAACGGGCACAAGCACAACCAAACAAUGAAAGUGAAGAUGUUAUAUGAGCGAGGCGGGAAAUGGGACCACCCCCUAUGUUGGAGGCCGCGUUUGCACCCGUCCGAUCCUCGCCAGUGAAUGAAUAAAACGGAGGACUCACCCAAUGGAGCAGCAGUGAAUUGCCUGCUUGCUCUUGUGGCAUCAAUGCUGCACAGUUUGUUUCUUCACAGCGAACCGAUCUUCGAAUUAUAUAACCUUUUAAUCACUUACCUUAAAACCUAAUUGACCACGAGCGAUCUACAAACACUCGACGACUACUAGCACCUGUACACCUCGUCCAUCAACCCCCUGCUACGCCACGACUCGCUCGCCACCAUGACCACCACAAUGGCCGCACCCACCAUGGCGGAACAGCCACUCCCGCUCAUCAGGGAGGACACCCCCAUGGUCGAGAACCUAGAGACGCCCUUCUUCUGGCCCAUCGCCUUCAAGAACACCUUCAAGCUGAUCCAGCGCAUCGUGACGGGCCAGAUCGAGAACGACAUGACGGCCGCCCGCAGCCUGCACGCCCUGGUGCGCAAGCAGCUCGCCGUCGCCGCCAAGGAGAACUUCCGCGAGACGGUGGCCCUCACCUACCCCGAGACAGGGGAGCAGGCCAACUUCGAGCUCAUGAUCGAGACGGUCAUGCUGCGGACGCUCGUCGAGGGCGCGCCCCAGGACACCGACGCCCGCGAGGAGAUGGCGGUGCUGGUGGAGAACUGGAUCAGCCUGCCCGGCAUGCAGGAGCCUACCGAGAAGUUCCUGAGGUACCUGCGGCCGAGGCUCUGGAAGGGGAGUGUGUGAGAGGGAUGGCUGGUGGGAGUUUGGGAAUAGGGAUUGGAGAGUGCAUCAUGAUACCCGGCAGAAGAUCUGUCACAAAACACAAUGACCAUCCCGGGACGCCCAGAAAUGGUCUGGGAGGCCGGGCGAGUCGAAUGAGACUAUACCACAUGCAAUUAAUUACCUAGGUACCUAGGUACCUAGAUGUCUAGAUACUCAGCAACACGCAGGCAAGAACUUCGAAAGAGGCACUUGCCAAGCUUGAGAGUUCGGAGAGCUUGCGUGAGCACCGAUAGCAACAGUCACCAACACGAUGAGGUCAGAGCCUUCCUGCCACCCGCGGACGGUAGUGGUGUCUGAAGUUGCCAGGGGCGGUUGUGUGGACGCGCCUGGCUGAAGGCUCUGGGUUGCUUUGAGCAGUGACUGGAGAAGUGAACGGUACCUGAACGGUACCUGAAAGCUGCAAAACGAGGAAGGAGGCCCCAGAGAAGCAAUCCGUGAUGGAACGAGCCGUUUGUCGCUGCACACGAAGUGUCAAGAGACGACAGAGGCAGACGCUGUUGGGAAGCAAGAGACUAAAAUCCACCCGGGCAACGACAGAUGGGCUCUCACAAAAG